UUGCCGGCGACGGAUUGGCCGAGAGACGUUCGGGGCCGCGGGGGCCGCCAAUGAAAGGCGGCGGGAGGUGCCGCGCGGGGCAGGCGGGCUGCGGGCUGCGUGCGGGAUGGAGCUGAGUCCCGGCGUGCAGAAGAUGUCCAUGAGCCAGCCGCAGUCAGGACGAGGGGUGCUGUGUUUGCGCUGCAGAGGGACCUGUAUGGGCUUUGAGCCACAUUCCUGGAGGAAAAUAUGCAAGUCGUGCAAGUGCAGCCAAGAGGACCACUGCCUGAGCUCAGAUGUGGAGGAUGACCGAAAAAUUGGCCGCCUGCUGUCAGACUCAAAGUAUGCCACACUCACUGCACGUGUGAAAGGAGGGGACGGCGUUCGCAUCUACAAGAGGAACCGCAUGAUCAUCACCAACCCCAUCGUGUCACGGAAAGACCCCACCUUCGACACCAUCACAUACGAGUGGGCCCCGCCGGGGCUCACCCAGAAGCUGGCCAUGCAGUACAUGGAGCUGAUCCCCAAGGAGAUGCAGCCAGUGGCAGGCACUGACGGGGCCUACUACCGCCGGCGGCAGCUCGUGCGACAGCUUCCAGUGCACGACCAUGACCCGUCGCAGUGCCACGGCCUCGCUGAGGGAGAGGUGAAGCUGAUGGAAGACUUUGUGAAGAAGUACAAGGCAGAGGCGCUGGGCGUCGGGGAGGUGGCCCUGCCAGGCCAGGCUGGUCAUGCAAAGGAGGAGGGCAAGGCAAAAGAUGCGGGCCCAGCAGCCGAAAAGCCCCCCGAGACCACCAAUGGGGCCCUGGAGAGCACUCCGACUGUGGGGCUCUAUCACUGUGAGACCUGCAAGCAGGCAGUGCCCGAGGACUGCCCGGUGGUGUAUGCAGACCGGGCGGGCUACACACGGCUGUGGCACCCAGCCUGCUUCAUCUGCUGCCACUGCGCCGAGCCCCUCGUCGACCUCAUUUACUUCUGGAAGAGCGGGGCUGCCUGGUGCGGGCGUCACUACUGCGAGAGCCUGCGGCCACGCUGUGCCGGCUGUGAUGAGAUCAUCUUCUCAGAGGAGUUUCAGCAGGCAGAGGGGAUGGCCUGGCACAAGAAGCAUUUCGCCUGUCUGGAGUGCGAGACGCUGCUGAGUGGCAAAGCCUUCAGCCUGGACAAGGGCAGCCUGCGGUGUGCGACCUGCAGCCGGAGCAAGCACCUCUGAGCCGUGCAGCCGUGCAAGUGCUUGAGGCCAAGCUGGAGAUGGGGUAAUUCGACAAGAAUGUGAAAAGUGGACAGUUAAAAAAAAACACACUUAGAGUCUGGUUAUUCGCUUGCAAGCAACCAAGUACCCCUUUGCAUUCAAUAGAGAUUGAAGAAAGAAGUUUACUAGGGGAGGAAACAGGAGAAACGUGUGUGCAUGUUGGUUGGGAUGUACCCACAUAUCUUGCUUGGAGGCCAUUGAAAAGAGAUUUGUGUUGUUUUACAAAGUCUCUCAAAGCUUCUCAUGACUAACAUCUUGCAGUGUUCUUGUAGAAAUAACACAUCUCAAAAAUAUUUUUUGGCACACUAAACCUAUGGUCAUGGUUGCUUUUAUUUUCUGAAAUCCAUACUGGAAAUCUUGCACUAGUAGAACGAUGACAACUGUACUAAAUCAAUGGUUUUGAACAAUUUGGUUAACCCGAGUGAUUACUUUCAGAAAGCACACAAUGUAGAAUUGCAGUAACAUGUAGCUGUAGCUUUCUCCAAUGUGUACAAUAAUGCAAAAGCAAGUAACAAGAUGGCACUCAAAGCGCUCUGGUUUAACCUUAGUGAGAUGGAGCCAUGCAGAUCUCCCCAAGGACAGGCAAGUACUGGGCAGACAACUAAUUCCGCCAGUCUGGGUUUUAGCCAUGGAGCUGGAAUGCAAACACUUCUGGCAGUUCUCACCCAAGCCCUGUUCCCAGUUUUAUCUUGCUUGCCUCCUACUGUCUGUUUUUUCAAGGGAGUGUUUGCACAGAGAGGCAUUGUGCUCCUGCCGUACACUGAACACUCCCAUGGGAGCCUGCAGCACUGAGCAAGGUCAGCUCUGUGCACCAGGUCUUGUUGGGGUGGCAUCGUUCCAGGAUCUGCACUGAAUCUCUUUUUCUGAUGUUCAUUUCCUAAGUCAUGCAAUGCUUACGUUAGUCACAAAAAAUAUCAGAGUCAAAGCUGGCCAACGUUGGUGUGCUCAGUCUUUUUUCUUUUACUAAAUGUCUACAUUCUUUGCCAGAAACAACUGGAAUAUUUUUUUUGCAGAGAUGUGUGUAAGGAGCUCACAAUUUCUAGGUUUUCCUUCUACUGUGGAAAUCGCUGGUUUCUUUCUUUAAAGUCCACUCCAUGCUAUGGAUCUUUCUUAUGACUAAGUGACUUGCCAACAGGUGUUGGUAGAAGCUGUGCCUGCCACUGCAUGUGUCACAGGGAUUCUGUGCCCCACCAUAAGAGGAGCUGAUCACUGUUUUAGGGCAAAUAAGACAGAUGUGGUGUAAGACACAUCCAUAUGCUUGCAGCCACAAGUCACCAGAGGAUGCAUAGGCUUUGUGUUUGAAGUUGUGCUAGGAGGAAUAAUAAAGCUCCCUUGGAUCAGCUUUACGUACAGGCACUUCAGUUAUAAGCAAAGUAACUGAAAAAUAAAACCCAGUGCUUAGCUGUAUUGCCUCUUCUUCGUUUUGUUACAUGGAAAUAGCCAAUCUUCGUAAAUUAUUUUUAAAGACAUGGCAUAGUUCUAAGCCCUACAAUGUUAAGGCAGCCAAAAAUGCACACGUUCAGUGUAAGCAGUGAAAGAAAUAGCAUGAAUCACUUAAGAAAGAAACAUUUCAGCGGAGACAUUAACAUCUAAAGAGCAUUCCUCGAUGGGAAGUCAUUGUCCACGUACACAUGCAGCUAGUUACCUCUUAGAGUGAUUUCUCUGUAAGGUAGGUGCACAGCCAUUACACACACCUUCAGAACAGCAACAAAUCAAGUGCAAGAAAAAUCAAUAAAACAUGCAGUUAUUAAAGGUGAAUGAAAAUAACAACUACCGACAGGC